AUGAGUGAAUCUAUUAUGAACCAGUCUCAGAAUACAUUGCGAACUACUCACUCUACACUUCUUCCUUUGGCACUAAUAGAUAAAUGUAUUGGAAGCCGUAUUUAUAUAAUUCUUCGUGGUGAUAGAGAAAUUAGUGGUACUUUAAGGGGAUUUGAUGAAUAUGUAAAUAUGGUAUUGGAUGAAGUUGAGGAAUAUGGCUAUACUAUAGUUAUGAAUGAAUCAGCAAGUAAUAAAAAGCUUAAGAGGGUUCUUGUAAAUCGUUUAGAUACAAUUUUACUUAGUGGCAAUAAUAUAGCACUACUAAUCCCUGGAGGAGAUUCUAAGUCUUUUGAAGUAUAA